AUGAUUCCAAACUGGUACAAAGCCCUCUGGGCAUGGUUCCUCCUAGCCUCCGUCGCACAGGCCCAAUUCAACUUCUUCGAGCAAAUGUUCGGCGGGAACCAAGGCCAAGAGCGCCAGCAACAGAACCAGAAUGCCCCCAGCGACAGCAGUCGAUACCAGAAGGCGUGGGAUGCAUGUGAGUACACUUUUCUCUUACAUGGAAAUAUGGAUAUAUCGCUAACCGACGCCCUCUCUUCCCGCUUUACAGCAAAAUGCGACCACUACCUCUGCCCCGGAACUCUUGCUUGCGUUCAUUUCCCACACCACUGCCCAUGUCCGCACCCCGAUGUCGAAGAGAAGGUAGAGCUGGGCGAGGGGAGUUCCAUUUGCGUGUCCAAGGGCGGGUUUAAGGACGGGGAGGCGGCGCGGAAGAUCGAGUUGGCUCGCAAGGGAGCUCUACAUGGCGUUAUCGACGAUAACCUAGCUUCGUCAUCGCAAUUGCCGCCUUCAACCGUCCGCAUUUCUUCUCCGCCCACCACCUCCAAGAAGUCCUCGCUCUUUCAACUACAUCGACCAGACCCUAUCAUGUGGGCUGUAAAACGCCGGCCACCCUCUAUGCGAUGGCCAAUCCCCAGUCGAGCUCUCUCGAGCAUCCGCGGACGCGGCGUACGGCGCGGUCCUCGCAACAGCAUCACCCGCCCAGAACCCAUCCUGCCAGCUCGAAGAGAAGUAGAGACACCAUCGCAGCCAGAUCCUACAAGUCCCCAACCGCAAGAUGCUCACAAUCCCCACUACGACCCCUCGCAAAACACACUCCUCGCACCUGUGCAUCUACCAGAAGAUCCCAACGGCGUGCUCAAGUCAGCUCACCCGGCCACGAACAUCCUGGCGAACUCGGGGCUUGUCAUCCAGCGGCAGUUGGAGAUGAUGAAUGUUAUGAUUGGUUUCGAGCAAGCGAACAAAUAUGUUAUCAUGGAUGCGCAGGGAAACCACGUCGGGUACAUGGCGGAACAAGAAAAGGGCAUGGGAAACAUGAUGGCGCGCCAAUGGUUCCGAACACAUCGGAGUUUCGUGACGCAUGUGUUUGAUCGGCACGAGAACGAGGUCCUUCGGUUCCACCGUCCAUUCUCUUGGAUUAACUCCCGAAUCCGAGUCUAUGAUCCUCUCGAUCUCACUCCGAGCGCACCUUCAUCCUCCACCGCUCUACAGGCAUCAAAUGCCCAAGUAUCUCCACUCAGUUUUGAUGAGAUGCGAAUCAUCGGUGAAGCACAGCAGCAGUGGGCUCCCCUGCGACGAAAAUACAACCUCUUUACAUAUCACCCCUCCCCAAAUCGGUCGACGGAUAUGGGCACCCAACGAUUUUCUCUAUCCGAGUCUGAUUUGUCCCAAACGCAGCAGAUGCAACUGGCGCAGACAUCAACUCAAAACGAGGGCGCAUACAAUCAAUUCGCCUAUGUCGACGAACCGUUUCUUUCUUGGGACUUUUCGCUUCUAUCUGCCGAGAACCGACUAAUUGGAUCCGUGAACCGCAACUUUGUAGGCUUUGCGCGUGAGCUCUUCACAGAUACUGGGGUGUAUGCAUUACGCAUGGAUUCCGCAGGACUGAGAGACGACCAGCUGGCGCCUAGCCAGGGAACCCCGGAGGCAGGAAUGACUCUGGACCAGCGCGCGGUGAUGCUGGCCACGGCUGUGAGUGUCGACUUUGACUACUUCAGUCGCCAUAGCGGCGCAGGUGGUGUCGGGUUCAUGCCGCUCUGGUUCCCCGGUGUCGGGGGCGAGGCGGCCGCAGGUGGAGGUGCGGCUGCUGGGGGUGCCGCGGCCGGCGAAGCUGGCGCAGUGGGUGUUGGUGAAGCUACCGCUGGUACUCUCGGUCGCGCCGGUGCUGCGGGUGGAAUGGCAGAUGGUGCGGCCGCGGGGGCUGCUGGCGCCGGGGCGAUGGCUGGAUACGAAGCUAUGCAACGGGGUGUGUCGGGAGAUCAGACGCAGGCUUCGUCCUCCGAACAACCCGGGGUGCCUCCAGCAGACCAGCCAGCACCCGGACAACCGGGCUUUUAUGAAGAUGUGUGGCCGGAGGAGCGACAGGAAGAUCCUUGGGGCCGCGACGAGGAUGAUCCGUGGGGAGGAGGUGAAUCCGGGGGAGAGGGAGGCGAUGACUUUGACUGGUUUUGA